AAGCUAGUUACCGAACAUGCCACCUCGAACCGAAAGGGCCGUCGAAGAAGAGAGUGUUGGCAAAGAGUACGACGUAGUAUACGAGGAUGGUGAAAUAUUGCGGGAACUGGAUUUGUUCACACUGAGAGAUACUAAAGGAAACUUGGUUCCGUUGGAUUUAUUGGACCAACCCCCUAAGAAAAGGCCAGCGCUUCAAGCAACGGGAUAUCUUUUACCUCCGGCUAUCGAAAGUAAAGUUGCGAACGAAGGAACAACUUCCAACGGGGAAACUCCCCCUUUGAAGUUGCCGAAACUUCGUGUGAGACUGGCGAAAGUCACAGACUGGUGCGUCGAAUAUGGGGCUUAUCCAGCACUGUGGAUACAAACUACGGAUAAAUGGUAUAGAUUGCACAGGCCAGCUCCAGGCUACGAACCUUUUUUUGAACAGGCAGAACGUAAAUUCUUGUAUUGCUGUGCAGUUGUGGAUAUUAUUGGAGCGUUCAUUAGAGAAGGAAAACAUGCUUCUGUUAAGAGAGUUGCCAAAGCUCUCCAAAGUAGAGAACUUUCUUUGGAAUAUCUAUUGAAUAACUCUGAUUUGUUAAAUUUUGUACGUGACCAACUCGAGUCUUUGGGAGAUUCUUUGUUACUACAAACCGAGUUUGUGCAAUACCUGAAAAAUCCCAUAGCUUUCUCGGAAAAGACAGAAAAGCCCAAAACUGUUGUUCAGUCGGAACAGAAGAGAAAAAGAGCUUCAGAGGAAUCUCUCUCAAGUCAUGUCGAGGAGUAUUCUCCUUCACCACGUUUAACAAGAAGGAGGGAGAAGGAACCUGAAGAUGUUCACUUUGACGCUCAUACUAGUACGUCUCAUUCGAAAAAACAAAUAAUUCAAGACACAGAUUCGGCUAAUGGUUCGCACCCAAGUUGGCGAACGAGAAGAAAACGAUCAUUCAUCAAUACUGCGAAACAAGAGAUUGAUUCAGCUCCGUUACCCACAAUAGAAUUUGGCAAAUAUCCAAAACCAAGAAGAGGUCAUCAAGUGAAGCUUUCUGAUUGGAACGGAAAGGAAUGUCUAUCAGUUAUACUGACUCUUGUAGAACUUCUUCAUGUUCUGAGUGAAGAUUCUUAUUUCGAUGAACUUUGUUUGAGUAGCAAGGUACCUAAUUUGGUUUUGGAUUGGAGAACUGUUGGAAGGGCAGUAUUAGAACCUUGGAAGUACGAUGUCUUUGGUGAACUAAUUGCAUGCUUAAUACGGUUUCUCAUGGCGGCAUCAGGAAUGGAAGCGAGAAGAGACUCGGUUGAUUGGUUGACUUGGCAAGAGUUCAUGCGUGAUUAUUUCUUGAAACGCCCUACAGGAAAAACGUUUCUAGAGAAUGACGACGAGUUUACGUCAAUUCUAGAAACUAUGAGCAGAGUGGACUUUGUGGAGCUAUCACAAGAUACUCGCUUAGUUAUAGUCGAACGUUUGGUGGACGCAGUUGUUGAGACGGAAGCCUUUCGAGACAAAAUUAAUGAGGCCACAGGUUAUGAACCAGAAACCAGUGGCAAUGUUUUUUACGACAGUGACUAUGAAGAACAAGAGAAUGAAGUAAACCAUGAAAAUGGAAAUAUUCAUGAGACCAAUCAGAAGGCUCAAGAGUUAGCGAAAAAAGAGACAGUUUUAGAAAGAGUGGAUUCCGUUCCUUUCCGAAUUCGCGGGGUAUGUGCUGGAAGAGAUAGAGAAGGAGCUUUGUAUUAUAUUUUGGGACGAGGUACCUCUUUAGCAAUUUUUAGUUGUUUGGAACAUCCUGUGGGUGGUGAAGAGUCUGAAUGGUUUGUUGCUGAGACUAGAGAUGAAAUUAUUGAGCUUUUAGAGAGUCUUGACAAUAAGAGCGCUAUUGAGGAGAAACUUGUUGCCAAUUUGCAAAACGUAGCAUUGCGAGAAUGGAAGCCAAUGAGUGCCGAGAAGCAAAUCAAUGAAGGUUAUGAUUUUUCAGAUAGGGUAUUUGGAAAUUUGAAUUCUGACAACUCGGAAGAAGAAUAUUUUUUACGUACGAAUAUAGAAGGACAAUAUCUCCCAAAGUCUCAUCUUCUCAUUCAGAAGGCUUUAUUGUUCGCUGAACCGAAGUUGCCUUUUUGGUUGAGACAGAAGACCGAAUAUCUGGGCUUUCGUUCGAAAGAAGAAAGAGAAUAUUGGCUUCAAGAUGUCGAAGAAGCCAUCUCGGUUGAACAAUUAAAGCAGUGCCUGAUCGAGUUUUACGAUAUUAUGUGCUAUGACAUGCUUGCCAGUCCUUCAGGAUCACAAGAGCUCUUGCAUUUCUUUGGUAUUCCUGUAUCAUGGUCAGAAGAACAAGCGAGACACGUCCGGCGGUCGACACAAGAAGCUAAGAAUCCAACCCAAUUAUUCAUUGCUAUUCGCUCCUUUUUUUCGAAUAUUUUGAUUCCUCUUUGCCGAGAAUGUAAGGCGCAAGAAAUUUCUCAGAGUCAUUAUUCGAAACUAAGAAAGGAUCUAUUACUUCCCAAAAGAAAUGAAGGAUAUCAUGGCGAAAUUGAUCUAGUAGAAUUCGUAGCUUUCAAUAGAGGUGAUCCUCUUAUAUACUGUCGGACAGGUCAUCUUUCUCAUUACUAUGAGAAACUUUUGCCAUUUUCCGAACUUCAUAUCGAAGAUAUUGCACCUCUCAAAUCCGUACAGAGAGGUAUAGUUGAGCAUAUUGGUUUUUACAGAGGACCUUCCUUCUGCAUUCAAGUAGUUCGACUUUUAUUGAUGGAAGACGCUGAGAGUGAAGAGUCAUUUUUUAGGCUCGACUGUUUUUGUCGAGCAGAUGCAUUUCUUCCCGACUAUUUGAUGAAAGAAAGGAUCUAUUUGAAGUCCUUGGAAAGGGGUUGGUCAGAAGGAGAUGAAUUUGAAAGCUUCUUUAUUAAGGAUGGUCUGUUGAUUCCACGUCGUGGAGUUAUCAUUAAAAGCUUAGUUAUCGCUCCGAAUGGUUAUCCAGGAAGUGAGAUCAUGAGAAAGAGUGAUUUAGCUAUUCCAACGAAUCAAAUAUCAAACGGCAUGACCUUUUUACCGCAGGAUAGUUCAUUUAUGGAACAAGAGUCACCAAUGCAACUGGAUACAGUCUUGGAAGGAUCACCUAAAGGUCAUGAACCAAUGACUGUGGACGAAAGAGAAGAUCAAUCUUUAGAAGAAUUGAUUGUGAAUAACAGUGAGAAGAAGGAUGCAGGAGGAGAAGAGAAUCUUUCAGAAGUUUCAUUUGAAGAAGAAGAAGAUAGAAUUCAAAAGUUGUGGAAUGCAUUGGUUGGGAUUGAAGAAUCAGGACAAGAUGACUCAAACAACGCUGGCUGGAUAGAAUACAUGACUGUGUCUGAGGAUCGUCUUGAUCUUGCAGUUGAUACCAAUCCGGAGUCUUUUGCGUUCAUCGAUGAUUUUUAUGAUCCCUACGAUCAAGCAUAUGACUUUAGCCAGUUUCAAGCAGGAGUUGAGACACGUGCGAGGAGUCUGAGAAGUCAUUCUGCAUUGGAAGAGGAAGAUGGUCGAGGUGAAGGUGUUGGCUCACUUCGAAAGAGAGCAGGAGAGUGGGAUCCUUGGGAGAGCAUUGAGGUGACUUGGAUUCAACCUAUUGAUGCAAGUAUGGAAUCAUUUCGAUUUCUCAGUCCGUGGGAACUUUAUCCUUUGAGUCAACAAGGAAUGAGUUUUAUUUACCAUCCACUUAUAUGUAGGCCACAUUUGAAGGAAACCAGUAACUCAGGAAUGCGCAUUUCGGGUCUUGGUCGUAAUAAUAUGAGAGGAGAACCUUUUUCAGCCCGCAAAUCUGCAUUUCGUAUGGAAGGUUCGAGGUCUCAUGAUCGACGCAAUACGAAUUAUAAUGUCGUAAAGAGGAAGAGAAUCGAUUUGUCAUCAGCAUAUUGUCUUGCAUGUGAGCUACCUAUGGAAGAUGCAAGUAAUCCUUUGAUUGCUUGUGAUGGCCCUUGUCAGAAAACUUUUCAUUAUGAGUGUGCUCCCGGAGACGAAAGUGAACGUCCACCAAUAGAGUCUAUUGAACUUUAUGCUUCUGAUGAAAGACCUCUUUGGCAAUGCCACAACUGCACUAGUGGUGAGCAUAUUUGUUUCUCAUGUGGAAGACCAGGACAUAUUGCUGAUGUCAAUGAUCCUCUAAGAAAGUGCAGCUUAGGAAGUUGUGGACGUUUCUAUCACAACUCUUGCGCUCAACAAGAACCAUUGGCCAGACUUGCAUCGGAUGGAAAUUGGUUUCGUUGCCCACAACAUUACUGUGUUGUUUGUGAAGAAUCGGGUGAUUCCCGUCCAAUGAUCAAGUGUAUCUAUUGCCCAAGAGCUUGGCAUGUGCAAUGUGCACAUGGAGAAGGUUUAGAUAUGAUAACAAUGAAGUUUGCAAGAUGUCCUGCCCAUAAAAGGCGUUGACUGUAUUUUUACACUUCAUCGUGAGAGGAAUGAUGAAGAAUUUCAGUUGGUAGUUUGUGAAAGUGCAUGUCUCCACCUACAAGUCUAUCCAUAAAGUUUUCUACUUGUAAUGUAUCGGUUGCAUUGGGACAUUUG